AUGGCGCGACUUGUCAGACUGCGAAGGUCCUCGAUGACGGUGCCGAGUGUAACGCAAUCGUCGAUUCAACGAGAACGGGUCGCUGCGAGGGCCGCUCGAUGCUUUGCAACUGGCGGCGCAAUCGCUUAUGUUGCCGCCAGCCCAUUCAGCCGAGUCGGCGGCAACACGGAAAAUUACUUCAUGGCAGGAAUCAGUGGACUGGCGGCGUAUCUGCCUCCUUACCGAGUGCGUUUGGAUGAUUGGUGCGAUUGGUAUGGUCAGUCAAAAGAAAAGAUGGCGGCGGUCGUUGGCCGUAGCUUUCGCAUGCGCGGGCCAACCGAGAACGUCUACACCAUGGCCGCCGGCGCGCUGCUGCAGCUGAUCGAUAACUAUCAAAUCGAUCCAUCGCGAAUCCGCUUCCUAGCAUUGGGCACCGAAUCGAGUACCGACAACGCAGCCGGCGCCGUGGUCGUCAAAGGAAUUGUCAAUCAAGCGCUGGCAGCUCGCGGACGAACUGAGCUUUCGCGCUAUUGCGAAGUACCGGAAUUCAAACACGCUUGCCUGGGUGGUUUGUACGGCAUUAAGAACGCGGCUCGUUUUCUCGCUUGUGAACCCGACAACUCAAGCCUGGCGGUUGUGAUCAGUUCAGAUAUCGCUGAGUACGCCCGUGGCAGCUCCGGCGAAGCCACCCAAGGCGCGGGAGCGGUGGCCGUGCUGAUGGAAAAAAAUCCAGCUAUCGCGGAAAUCGAUCUGGCCGGUUGUGGCAGCGCGUCAGACUACAGGAUGGUAGAUUUCCGCAAGCCCCUGGGCCGAAUUGUCGGCGAAACCCAGCGCUCUAAUGGGCAGAUUCGCGACUUUCCUGUAUUCAACGGCAAGUACUCUACGACCUGUUACAUCGAUGCGACCAUGCACGCCAUGCGAGAUAUGUUUGAGCGGCGUGGGCUUGAUGCGGCGGAUUAUUUCGAGAAAUUGCCGCUGGCUUUUAUGCAUCGUCCAUAUCGGCGAAUGCCGGAAAGCGGCCUGGGGAUGUCGUAUCUGUUGGCCCUGGCCCAUAGUAAUCGACAACAACAACUGGACCAGUUGGCCGAGGCGGCCGGUGGCACUGGCAAGGCGCUGCGCGAAGAACUUGUCAGCACACCGGCGGUUGCCCGGCUUGUGCAAAGCCAGAGCCUUGCAGACGAGGUAUACCCGCUCGCUUCUUCCGCACUAAAGGCUCUGCGAUCACAGUCGACCUUCGCCGAGCGCGUCCAAAGCAAACUGAUCGUGGGUGCCGAUGCCAUGAUGGAUGUGGGCAACCUCUACACUGCGUCACUCCCUGCCUGGCUUUGUGCUGGCUUUGAAGCUGCGGCGACGCAAGACGGCCUCGAAGCCGGCAGCGAAGCGUUGUUAGUCGGCUACGGAAGCGGCGACGCAGCGGAAGCCAUGCCGGUGCGCUUUGUCUCAGGCUGGCGCGAGGCCGCGUGCAAGAUUGGUUUUGCUACCGCCCUGGAAGGUCCGACCGAUCUGACGCAGCAGCAAUACGAGUCUUUGCACGAUAGUGGGGUCGCAAAAGGCUUGCCCGAGAAUCGGCGACAGCGUUUCGCGCUUGACCGCAUUGGCGAUGAAAAAGCGGGUGACUUUAUUGACUAUGGCAUUGAGUACUACCGUUUCGGCGACAGUGCUUGA